AUGAUAUGGUGGAAGAGGAUUCUAUACCACUGUAUACCUGUGGGAAUCCUGAAUGUGGAAGAAGCUGUCAAAUAUUGUGCCAUGAAACAAUAUGAAUCAAGCUCACACAAGAAAUGUCCAAAGAACUAUGACACAUGUUAUCUCUUUCUUCAAAAAUGUAAAGAGUAUGCUUAUCCACUUAUACCCUUUGUUAAGCGAGUGCUGAUGAAAGAAACUACUUCUACUGCUGCAUAUGGAUGUAAAAAUAUUGAAGAGAAACACAAAGUGUUCCAAAAUUAUCAACAUUGCAAUAUAUCAAUGCAAUCUAAACACAAACUUCUUCCAGAAAACUAUGCUACAUGUCUUUGGUUUAUCAAGUUUGCAUAUAUCUAUACCCUUGGCCUUUCAGGAGUAGGGGUUGAAGAAAUCAAAAAGAUGAAACAAAAACACAAAUGGAGUGGUCAACUAUUGAACAGAUUUAUGGAGAACGCUUACGAAUCGUAUUUGGGAACCGGCACCAAACCAAUACAAUAUCUGAGUGGAACAGAUUUCAUUUCUGCUUACAAGCCAAACCAAGGAGAAAAUAACAGUGAGGAAUGUGAACAUAUAAUCCGUAUAGCCAAGCCUGGUAUGAGUAAGUCUUCUGUUGUUGAUAGUGAAACAGGAAAGAGUUUUGACAGCAGCAUUCAGCUUAACCCCUUAGAAAAUGGUAUGAGUUUUGUAGCCUUUGACUCGUCGCUCUCACUUUUGCAAGCAUUCGCCAUUUGCAUUGCAUUAGUUGAUAGCAAGAUGCCAUGUGAGCUUUCUGGAACAAGAAAGUCGCAAACCGAGGAACUAAAGGCUUUUGGUAAAUUAGAAGAUAUUCCUACAAGUUAUGUUUCUAAUCCACCAGUUUCUCCUGUUGGUAGGGUCUAA